AUGGCAAUUCCUGCUGAUGCUGCUGUCUCGUUGAACUUCCCGGUGAUCAACAUGGAGAAGCUUGAGACCGGGGAGAGGGGCGCGGCCAUGGAGGUCAUCCGCGACGCCUGCGAGAACUGGGGAUUCUUCGAGCUGCUGAACCAUGGCAUCUCGCACGAGCUGAUGGACGAGGUGGAGCGGGUGAGCAAGGCGAACUACACGGCGUGCCGAGAGGGGCAGUUCAAGGAGUUUGCGGCGCGGACGCUGGAGGCCGGCGAGAAGGGCGCCGACGUGAAGGACGUGGACUGGGAGAGCACCUUCUUCGUCCGCCACCUCCCCGCCUCCAACCUUGCCGACCUGCCCGACCUCGACCACCACUACAGGCAACUGAUCAAGGAAUUCGCGUCGGAGAUCGAGAAGCUGGCAGAGAAGGUGCUGGACCUGCUGUGCGAGAACCUGGGUCUGGAGCAGGGCUACCUGAAGCGGGCGUUCGCCGGGUCCAGGGGCCCGACGUUCGGCACCAAGGUGAGCAGCUACCCACCGUGCCCACGCCCCGACCUGGUUGACGGCCUCCGCGCGCACACCGACGCCGGCGGCGUCAUCCUGCUGUUCCAGGACGACCAGGUGAGCGGGCUGCAGCUCCUUAAGGACGGGGCCUGGGUUGAGGUGCCGCCCAUGCGCCACGCCAUCGUCGUCAAUAUCGGCGACCAGCUGGAGGUGAUCACCAACGGGCGGUACAAGAGCGUGAUGCACCGCGUGCUCACCCGCGCCGACGGCAACCGCAUGUCCAUCGCGUCAUUCUACAACCCCGGGGCCGACGCCGUCAUCUUCCCGGCCCCGGCGCUUGUGGCCGCUGCCGGCGCCACGGAGAAGAACGAGGGCGAGGAGGGCGGCGCCGUGUACCCGAAGUUCGUGUUCGAGGACUACAUGAACCUGUACGUGCGCCACAAGUUCGAGGCCAAGGAGCCACGGUUCAAGGCCAUGAAGGCAGACGCCGCGCCCAUCGCCACCGCGUGA